AUGAAAUAAUAUUUAAUCAAAUAAAUGGAAGAUAAAAAGUAUUUAUGAAAUGAUUAUUUAAGAUAGAAAAUUAAAGAAGAAGAAGAAUUAAAUAAAAAAUAAGCUUAAGUUUGGCAAUAAGAUUUACAAAUGUAUAAAACACAUGAGAAAUAAAAUUUAAAUUACAUAAAAGAUGGAAAUUUGA